AUGGGAGGAGGAAUGAGUGGAGGAGGAAUUGGAGCAGGCAUGGGCACUGGUGGAGGAAUAGGGUCCAGAGCUAGCGACCCCUACCGCCUGGCAACACACGACACUCCGACCUCCCCCAGACAUAUGCAGUCAAGCCAGGGGCCGGGUAUGGGGCAGGGCCCGGGGUCGGGUCACGGUAUGGGUCACAGCCCUGCCGGGUCCGGUGUGGGAGGCCACGGUGGCCAGAGUCCCGGUCAGCACGCCUCCCGUCGAAACCUCCAGGUCGACUUCAGUGGCUCCAGGACGGGCCGGUCUCCAUCGGCGUCCCCUGACCGCAGCGUGACACCCACCUCCCCCUACUCGGUGCCCCAGAUCGCGCCCAUGCCGAGCAGCAAACUGUGCCCGGUGUGCACCAGCACAGAGCUGUCCAACCCACCGGCUGUACCCAACUACAACACCUGCACCCAGUGUAAGGCCACCGUCUGUAACCAGUGUGGAUUCAACCCCAACCCGCACCUCACUGAGGUCCAGGAGUGGUUGUGUCUCAACUGUCAGAUGCAGAGAGCUCUUGGCAUUGAUAUGACCACGCCUCGUUCUAAGAGCCAACAGCAGAUUCACUCUCCUUCCCACCAAGCCAAGCCCAUAGUCCAGCCUCAGCAGCCCGCACCCCAGCCAACACAGCCGGCAGCAGCACAGCCCAAACCUCUGGCACAGAGUCAGCCCACCCAGCGACAGCAGCAACAGCAGCCUCAGCCUCAGCCUCAGCAUCAGCCUCAUUCUCAGUCUCAGCCCUACGGUCAACCGCAACCCUAUUCCCAAUCCCAGCCAUAUUCCCAGUCCCAGCAGUAUCCCCAGUCUCAGUCUCAGACCUACCCAUCGUCCCAGCCAGGGCCGCAGACCCAGCCUCACGCCUCACCAGGCUUACAGAGACAUCAAGGCCCUGGCGGCCCCCAGAUGCAGACAGGGCCCUCUCAGCAGGGCAUGAGGUCCGAUCCUUACUCCCACAGAGGUCCUGGAGCUCCAGGGACUGUCGGAGGUCCUUCAGGGGGCCCAAAUCAGCCUGGGGGUCCACGAAUUCCCCACCCUGGCGCCGUUCCCUUGCCUGGCUUGACCAAGGCGCCCUCCCAGCCUGAUUUGGGUCGUGGUUCUCCGAUGCACCAACCAAUGGCUCGGCACCAUGACCAGACUAGGAGUGCAGGCUCCUCACCGGCCCACAGACCUCAGAGUCAGGCGCCUCCCCCUGCCCAGGACGGCCUCACCAAACUGUUUGGCUUUGGAGCAUCGCUGCUCAAUCAGGCUAGUACCCUGAUCAGUGUCGACCCCCUGCCCACGGCCUCCACCCAGCCAAGCCCUGCUCGAGGCAAGGUGGUGUUCAGCAAUGUAACUCCUGACAACAGGCAGCAGCAGCAGCAACAAGGGACCACUGGCACCAAACCAUUUGGGAUGGGGGGCCCUCAUGCUCCAGCUCAAAUUAGUGGCCCUCAUGCUCCAACUCAAAUGAGUGGCCCUCAUGCUCCAACUCAAAUGGGUGGCCCUCAUGCUCCAACUCAAAUGGGUGGCCCUCAUGCCACAAGCCAAAUGGGUGGCCCUCAUGCCACAAGCCAAAUGGGAGGCCCUCAUCUACCGAGCCAAAAGGGGGGUCCUCAUGCACCGGGCCACAUGGGAGGUCCUCAUGCACUGGGCCAAAUGGGAGGUCCCCAAAUGGGUGGACCACAUGCGCCAACCCAGAGGCAACAACAGCAGACCAUGCCUCAUCAACAAGGAAUGCCACAACAGCAGUCGCCCGCCCAUCAUCAAAAAGGACAACACCAGCCAUCACCUUCUCAUCUGCAGAAAGCGCCGCAGAAGCAGGAGCCCGUGGCGGCACCCGUGCCCACUCCGGUGCCUGCAAAGCCUAAAGUGAACUGUCCCCUUUGCAAAACGGAGCUGAACAUCGGCAGCUCCGACCCACCCAACUACAACACCUGUACGCAGUGUCAAAGCCAAGUGUGUAACCUGUGUGGCUUCAACCCAACGCCGCAUCUGGUGGAGAAAAAGGAGUGGUUAUGUCUCAACUGCCAGACCCAGCGGCUGAUGUCCGGAGGUGGUCUCGACGAUCCUCCCCUUCCCGUUCCUCAUCCGUCUCCCAAGCACCAGCCAAUGGGCUCGCCCCGCCACCAGGCGCCAACCAGCCAGCAAAGCCCACUACACAAACCUGCCAAUCAGCAGGGGCCCAGGCCAGCCCAGGCCCAGAAACCGCAGACAGGCACUGGACCGUUUGCCACCACCGCUGCCAAACAACCUACCGACACCAAGACCACAAUACCAGCCACGGCACCAGUACCAACCACGGACACCCAGAAACAACCUAAACCCACAGAGGCGAAGCCCAAGACCGAAUCUGAGAACCAAACUCCCAAGGAGAACAAAACGUCCCAGAAGAAAGAGCAGAUUACACCAAUCAAGGAAAUUAAGAAGUCCAGGCACUAUGAUGACACAAAAAGCAGCAGUACACAUGACUUGUCACGUAGCCCCCAGAGCCUCAGUGACACCGGCUACUCCUCUGAUGGCAUCUCCAGCUCCCACAGUGAAAUUACAGGUCUAAUCCAAGAAGAGGAGAUGAAGCUAAGCGAGAGGGGAAUCAGUGGGCGGGGCUCCCCACCAAGUCCUUCUGAAAUUACCAAACUAGAGAGUUCCAUGAGGCCUUUGCUGGAGAAGAGCCUCUCUGAGGAGAAGGCAGACAGAAGGGGAAGAAAGCACAGAGAAAGAGAUCUGGAUGACAGAGGAAAGCAGCGCCCACGGUCCCUGUCAAUCCCACCAGAUGCAUACGACUCUGAUGAGGAACUAGAGGACAUAAUGGAGGAAGAAGAAGAUGGUGGGGACUGGGAGGGGAAACGAAAGGAAGGAAAGGAGGACAAGAAGGAGAAGAAAAAGAAGGAAAAAGAGGCAGAGCCCACAGAAAUGACUGAUGAGGAGUUUAUGAGGAGACAAAUAAUGGAGAUGAGUGCUGAUGAAGAAAAUGAAGAGGAGGAAGAGAUGGAGGAUGAGGAAGAUGAAGGAUAUGGCUACCAGAAACCCAAGAAAAGCCACCAUAAGCACAUCAUCUCUGACUCAGGGAAAGAGAAGAGACGUCUUCAGCACCACUCCAGCAGUUUUGAAGAGGAAACUAAGAGUUCUACUGAUGUUUAUAAAGGCUCAGUGGAGGAGGGUGAGGAAGAUUUGAUGGCAUCACAAGGAGGCCUGAGGCGCUUCAAAACCAUUGAACUCAAUAAUACCAAUAGCUACAGCCGAGACAUGGAGCUGGGCAAUGAAAAUGACCUGAGUCUUGAUCGGGAACCAGAGCUAGAGAUGGAGAGUCUGACAGGAUCUCCUGAGGAGCGUUCUCGAGGUGACUACUCCUCCACUCUGCCACCUACUUCAUCCUCAUAUGGCUCAGGUCAGUCUCCUACUUCCAUCUCAUCAAUGGAGGAGGACAGUGAUAGUAGCCCCAGCAGGAGACAAAGACUAGAAGAGGCCAAGCAGCAACGGAAAGCACGCCACCGCUCCCAUGGCCCUCUCCUUCCCACCAUUGAAGACUCUUCAGAAGAGGAUGAACUGAGAGAGGAGGAAGAACUUCUGAGAGAGCAGGAGAAGAUGAGGGAGGUAGAACAACAGAGAAUAAGGAGCACAGCACGAAAGACCAAGAGGGAUAAGGAAGAGCUGAGGGCUCAAAGGCGCAGAGAGAGGUCCAAGACACCACCUAGCAAUCUCUCCCCCAUUGAGGAUGCUUCUCCAACAGAAGAGCUGAGACAAGCUGCAGAAAUGGAAGAGCUCCAUCGUUCUUCUGCUUCCGAAUAUUCCCCUCAGAGUCUGGACUCGGAGGCUGAGGGUUAUGAAUCAAAACUUUACAAGUCAGGCAGCGAGUACAACCUGCCUACCUUUAUGUCUCUCUAUUCACCAAUGGAGAAAUCAUCAACAGCAACAACUACCACAGCACCAUCCUCAGCUUCAAAACCUUUAAAGAGUGCUGAGGAAGUUUAUGAGGAGAUGAUGAGGAAGGCAGAAAUGCUUCAAAAACAACAAAAACAACAGCAGCAACAGCAGCAACAACAUGGAAGGCCUGGGCAGUACUAUGAGGAGGAUAUUAAUGGACAAGGUUAUGAUGAUGAGUAUGAAUACGAACAGGAUCCAACAGGAUAUGACAAUGAGGCAGCAGAAACAGAAACAGAUAUUUAUGAAGAGAUCCGACAAACUUCUCAGAACAUAACCAAAAUGCAGCAGGCCACUGAUGAGCAAGUAGAAAUUGAGAUUGAGACCUCCUACCCAGACAAACAGCUGCUAGACACAGGCUCAGCCUUUGCCAAGCUGCUGGAGCAGAGCAAUGCUCUCUUGACCCCAGGCACCAGCCCCACCCAGAUCUCUGCUCCUGUGUCCUUUGCUGAGACUGGAGGAAGGAUCCCAGAUGUCCGAGUAACACAGCACUUUUCUGCAAAGGAUGGACACAAAGAUAGGAUCAAAAGCCAGGCAGGAAAGAAUGGAAUAACCCCAGCAGUGGCUGCCACCACUAUUGCAGCUUAUGGAGUUUAUGCCAGAGAUGCAGUAACUAUUUCACAGACUAGUUCAAGCCACACUAUGACUUCUACUCAGUCUGGAAUAUAUAGCCGACACACAGGAAGUCCUGCCACAUCAUCAGCCACAGUUUCAAGUGUAUGCAGCAAGAUUGCAGAGAUUACCCAAGCCUACAGUCAAAGAGAGGUGAUCACCAGGAGGGUGGGGGACACCAGGGGUGUGCAAGUGCGAGACAGCUCAACAUCUUCUACUGAGAGAAUUAUUGAGCCACGUUCUCCCAAGUAUACAACUUAUUACAGGAGCACCAGUCCUCCACUUUCUCCCUCACCACCACCACAGAGUCCAACCAGAUCACCUUCCAGAAGGGCAACAGCUGAGUUCUCCACACAAACAUUUAGUUCAGCAUUGCGAAUGGAGUCAGCUGGCUCUGGACCCACAUCUCCAGUGAUGGCUCAGGGCACCCAAACGUCACAUCGAUCAGUUUCGCCGCGGCUAUAUCGACAGCAGGCUUCCCAAGAUGCCCCAUAUUCCCCACCUCAAAGCCCAGCAAGACCAAUGACAGUCAACACUGCUACUUCUCCUCUGUCUUCGCCUACCCGAUUUAGCCGCCAAUCAACCUUUGAAACAUACUCCCCAUGUGCAAGCCCUCCAGACACUCCACCUUACCAACAGUCUCCUACACGCAGUUUCUACCAGACACAAAGAGUGGAGAAGGUAAAUGUGGGAACAAGUAUGGUCACCACGGCCAGCACUUACACCAGAGGGUCUGUGUCAAUGGAUAAUAUCUCCCUUUGUCGAAUAUCUACUGUCCCAGGCACUUCUAGGGUAGAGCAGGGCCAUAUGAUCCAAGGUGGAAGUGUUGUGGACCUCAGAACCGUCACCAAACCAGCUCCUAUAAUCAUGACUGACCAAGGAAUGGAUCUCACCUCAUUGGCCACUGAAAGCAGGAAAUACCAUGGUGUAUCAGAGGGUAGCAGACAUUCAACAAUUGUCCAGCCACUGAUUAUGAACCUGAACAACCAGGAAAUCACCACACCAACCACUGUGAGUGUCACUGUGGCUGCUUCAAUGUUCAUGACCCAGCCUAAACAGCCAACAGUCUAUGGUGACCCGCAUCAAAAUCGAGUGGAUCUGGGCCAGGGCAUGGGUUCUGCUGUGUGUCUUUCACAGAACAAACCACAAAUUUCACCUCCAACUGACCCAUCAAUACCAAAAAUUGAUGCCAGACUGGAAGACCUAAGUAUCCAACAGAGAGAGCUACAAAUUCAACAAGAGAAGCUGCAGAUGCAACAAGAGCUUCUUGAACAGCAGUUGCAUCAGCACCAUCAGAUGCAACAUCAGCAGCACCAAGCAUCUGCUUUGACCAGGUAUAACCUUACUGGCCAGAUCUCACCUUUACUUAAAAAAGACUUACUUGUCAGCCAGACAAGCACUUCCUCAGCUGUGGUCAGUGCGGUAUCACCAGUAAUUAACCCUGAAAUGUAUGGCACUGGUCCCAUUGAGCUGAAAGGGAAGCCCAGUCCUCCGGGUUUGAUGUCAGGUGGUAAAUCCCCACAUAGCAUGGUAGUACAGAUUGACGGAGGGCCAGAGCAGGCCAGGGCAGUAACUCAGCUAGUGAAGGUAGAAGAAGGACAGGAUGCUUUGGAUCAAACCGAUGGCCAAAUUAAACCUGACAACCAACCAGCUUGCUGUGAUGUUGUUUACAGACUUCCAUUUGGUGGAAGCUGUGUUGGUGUUUCUGAGAAAGAAGGCAUAAUGCCCCCAUCUGCUCCACCUCUCACCUAUGAGUCUGACCAAGAAAGACAACCUGGAAGGUACCAUGAGUAUCCAAUUGAUGAACGUAAGGCAUACACGUUACCUUUCCCUGGUAAGCUCCAGCCUUCAAUGUCGGAUACAAACCUAGCUGAUGCUGGGCUGCAGUCUUACCAUUCUAAACUAGAGCCACACCUUCAAGUCUCAGGAGAACUUAGCAUGGAUCUAACUGCCAUGAAACAGGGUUAUGGAGGGUUUAUAGGGAUGCAGUAUGGCUCCUAUACAGAUUUACGUCAUGGAGGAGACAUCACAGCCCAAACACUGCCCAUUAGGAGAUAUAACUCUUUGUCUAACAUCAGUUCAGACUAUGGUUACACUGCUCGUGACAUUGCUAGCUUCCAGGAAGCUAACUUGGCUCAGUACAGUGCUACAACUGCCAGGGAGAUCAGCCGGAUGUGUGCAGCACUCAAUUCCAUUGAUCGGUAUGGAAGCAACCCCGACUUGAUGCAGUUUGGCACUUUGGGUAGAGGAACUGGCCCGGGGGCCGCUAGACUUGUAGCUGGUCUUGGCAUGAGACAAAACCUCCUCUUUGGACUUGAUGGGAAGCCAAUCUCCCACAGUCAAGCACUAACCAACCUUAUCAAUGCCAGACAGGCCAGUCUCAGAGCUAUGUACCCUGCUGCUAUUAGGUCUUCUGAUGGGAUGAUUUACUCCACCAUUCAGACUCCCAUCGCUUCUACACUUCCCAUCACAACCCAGCCUGCAUCUGUUCUUCAUCCAAUACUGAGGGGGGUCUACAGGCCAUACCCUUCAGCCAAUAUGACACCUGUGCCCCUAUCCAGUCUUAGCAGACUACCUAUGAACCCUAGAAUGCCCUUAGCCGGACAAGCUCCAGUUCGUCACCCAGCACCAGGUCUUCUCCAAACAACAUCAAUAACUGCCUCUUCUGCUGCUGCUGCGACUACUUCAGCACCAAUUGGUGACCCAUUGUCUGCUUCCAUGACAAUUACUAGCUCUACAGUCCAGGAUGAACCAGUUUACCUUGGUAAAGGUGCCACGGUGACCUCCUCAUCAGCAGAAAUCACCUCUGUUGGAGGAACAGUUGUCAUACCAACAGAGCCACAGCAGCAGCCAAUAAACUUAUCCCAGGCACACCUGAACAGUCAACAACAACAACAACAACAACAACAACAACAACAAGUGACAACUGCUCAGCAGCCACAACAGCCACCUCCAGCAGCUCAUGCCUAUCCACCCUCAGGUCCUUCACACACCCACGGCUACACUCAACCUCCAGUAGGCCCCUCUGCCACUUUGAGGGGUUUGCCAAUUCCAGGGGGUCUUCCUCCCUUUCCUCCACCAGGUGCCAUACACAAGGAGGGUGAAACUGAGGCAGAGAGGCUGCAUCGGCAGCAGGAGCAGCUCCUGCAGAUGGAAAGGGAGCGCGUGGAGCUGGAGAAACUUCGGCAAAUGCGCCUGCAGGAUGAGCUGGAACGGGAAAGGAUAGAGCUGAAGAUACACAGGGAGAAGGAACAGAUUCUGGUGCAGAGAGAGUUGCAGGAGUUGCAAAGCAUCAAGGAACAGGUUCUGCAACAGCAGCAACAUGAACGUGAGAAACAACUUGUUCUCCAGAGGGAGCAGCUGGCUCAGCAGAAGUCCCAGCUAGACCAGAUCCAGUCUUUACAGCAUCAGCUACAGCAACAGCUUCAGGAACAAAAGAGACAGAAAACUGCUGCAGCUCAGAGUGUGCAGAUGGGCUCCCGUUCCCUCCCCAACUCCUCGUCAGAGAUGUGUCUGAGGAGCCAGGAAGAGCACAUGGAGACCAGGAGUAACAUGAGGAAGCACAGCUCCAUGACCAGGCUGAGCAGGGACAGUUUGGAUGGUGAGGGCGUGGUCUUCUACGGCUCCCCCUGCAGGAUUGUUGACAGCUGUGUGCAGACAGAUGAUGAAGACAGGGAGGAGAGGUACAUGAUGCGUCAUCGUACCAGGAGGCGCGGUCGCAGCGUUGACUGCUCUGUCCAAACAGACGAUGAUGAAGACAAAGUUGAGACGGAACACCCGGUCCGCCGAAGACGAUCCCGUUUCUCCCGGCACUCCGAGUCCAAUGCAGCUGGCAGCAGCACUGCCACCACAACCAGUACAGCUUCUGACACAAAAACAGACACGCCCAAAAUGGUAUCCUCCAGUAUCGCUGUCCAGACCAUGAGGGAAAUGUCUUGCCAGACGGAAGUUGAGCACCUAGGAAGAGUGUCCCCAGCAAUCCAUGUGACAGUACCAGACCCAAAUAAAGUGGAGAUUGUGCACUACAUCUCCGGACCUGAGCGAACCCAAAAAGGACAGUCUCUAGCAUGCCAAACUGACCAAGAAGCCCAGUCCCAGGGUGUUGUAGCUCCACAGCUUAGCGUACCAACUACAGUCAGUCCAUAUUCUUCCUCUACUAGUAGUGGUACACAACAUUCCAGUUCUGCAGACCUUCUGACCCAGCAGCGCCAGCAGCACAUUGCAGCGAACGCAGCCAAGUUUGAGCGCCGUCGCCCUGACCCACUAGACAUCAACUACCAGCCUCACAACCACCUCCACAACGAGUCCAUCUCCAGCAUCAUCCGGCAGCAGCAGACAGUCCCCAAAUCUCCACAAGUCCUCUACUCUCCAGUUUCCCCUGUCUCCCCUCACCGCCUGCUGGAGACUUCUCUGUCCAGUGAGCGGCUGAACAAGGCCCAUGUCACACCUCAGCAGAAGUCCUACACAGCAGAGUCUCCCCAGAGACACCAAUCUAUGCCCCGACCCAUCAAGAGCACCCAAAGGUCCAUGUCAGACCCUAAGCCCCUCAGUCCUACCACAGAUGAACACACCAAGGCCAGGCUGUCCCUGUAUCAACAACAAGCACUCCAGAGCCAGCUGGCAGCCCUACAGCAGAGCUCUUUGCUCCGAAAGGUCAAGCGUACCCUGCCCAGCCCUCCUCCAGAGGAGACCACUACAGCUGCACAUCUGCCCAUGAUGACGCCCUCCCUUCAACAGGUCUUCCUGCCCUGUGUGCCCAGCCUCAAGCCCAGCUCCCGGUCUGGCCUGGCAGCUAAAGCCAGCCUUCUCAAAGACCUCACCCACGAGCUGAAGGCCGUGGAGCAAGAGUCAACCAAGCUGAGAAAGCAGCAAGCUGAACUGGAGGAGGAAGAGAAGGAGAUUGAUGCUAAACUGAGAUACUUAGAGCUGGGGAUCCAUCAAAGGAAAGAAACACUGGUCAAGGAGAGGGAGAGGAGGGAUAUUGCCUACCUGAGGUGUAUGGGAGACACAAGGGACUAUAUGUCUGAUAGUGAGUUGAAUAACCUACGUUUAGCAGCUGCAGCUGCAUCACAUGAGACCAAUGGACUACUGACAACGAGGCCAAGCACUGCCCCUCUCAGUCAGUUCACUGGUGAUUUCAACACAGCAGCCCAGUACCCACCCAGCUCAUCCUUUAUUUCAUGUCAGUACCCCCAGAGCCAACCUGCAGCACCAACUCAACAAUCAAGUGUGCCAUACCAGUCUUCAACAUUCAGCCAACCUCCCUACCCAACAGUGUCGCAGUCCCAGGCACUGCCACAGCCCACACCCCUCCAGAGCCAUAUCCCCCCUCCAGGACCCUCAUACCAGUCUCAAACCUCCUAUUCCUCCCACACCUACCCCCAAACUCAGCCCCCUUACCCCCAGACAGACAUGGGGUUACCAGCUGCACCUCAGCCCCAGCAGGGGCAGACAGGUUUUGGGCCUGCACCACCCGGUCAGCCUCCAUACCCCACCAACAGCUCACCUUAUCCCAGUGCUGUGUCCUACCCCAGCCAGACCACCCCAUACCCUGGGCAGCACCAAGCUGAUAUUCUGACAGUCCAUCCUGGAAGACCCAGGCAGACGUCACUUGCUGAUCUGGAGCACAAGAUGCCCACCAACUAUGAGACGAUCAGCAACCCCACAGUGGUGGUCACCACCACGGCCCAGGAUGCUGCCUAUUCCAGUGCAGCCCCCUCUUAUGGCCAGUACACUGGAACGACAACCAUGGCCAGCUCCUAUGGGCCCUAUGGUUCAGCACCUGUGUCCAGCAGCUAUGGUGGAUAUUCUACCAUGCCACCCAGCACUUAUGGGCAAUAUACUUCAACAUCAGUUAGUUCAUAUGGCCAGUAUACCACAACCACUGCUAAUACUUAUGGCUACACUACCACCACAGCCAGUUCUUAUGGACAGUACACUCCUACAGUAUCCAAUUCUUAUGGGCACUCUGUAGACAGUUCCUCAACCUACGGCUCCGCAGAGGUGAUGUAUGGGGCUCCUGGCUUAGAGCAAAAUAUCCCAAGGAACUACAUGAUGAUUGAUGAUGUAAGCGAGCUGACGGCAAAAGACGGGCUGGGCACGACGACAGUGGACAUGAUGCAUCAUGGCGGCAGUGGGCGUUACCCGGGCGAAAUCCACGGCCACAGCAGCACCAUUGGCAGCACGACGCGUGGGGGAACUGGCAGCUCCUCGUAUGGCAGGGCACCCGAGGAGGAGGCAGCGAUGCAGGAAGAGCUUUACGACCACCACGGCAGGGGUAAGAACAGCUACAGGCACGGACCUCUAGGGGGCAGCAGCAGCAGCGUGAGCGCUAGCAUGGGUGGGGGAUCACCCUAUUACUAUGACUACGACUACAAACAUGGCAGCAUUCGCUCCGGGGUACAGAAACCUUCACCAUCCUCCAGAAGCCUCCUGGCUCCUGCUGUCAUGUCCUCCAAGCGCAGCAAGCACAGGAAACUGGGGAGUAUGGAGCAAAAAAUCUCCAAGUUUUCCCCCAUCGAGGAGGCGCGGGACGUGGAGGCAGACUUGGCCUCCCAUUCCUCAGCUACAGGUGGGGCUUACCCCUCAUCCCACAUUCGAGGGCGCCAGCUGAUCGAGGAUUACGGCUUUAAGAGGGGUCCUUAUGAGGCGGGCAGUGGCACCACUCAUGGUGGUCGGCACUAUGGUUCGAUGGUGGAGGAGGACGAUCGGAUUUACUACACCUCCACUGGCCGCUCCCGUUCCACAGGCUACGGCAUGGACAAGAUCUCAGCCAGGGACUACUCUGGGUAUCGCAGCCGAUCCUAUGAGAGGGACGAUCGCUCCUACCGAUCUGGCUACAGCCAGGGGCGCCACCCAACUCGGCAGUACUCUGAAGAGGAGAGUCCACUCAGUCCCCUGGGGAGGUUCAUGGGUUCUGGUCGAUCAUCAAGCUUAGGUCCCGACCCGUACGACAGUCGCAGCAGUACAUGUCACUACUAUUAUGGUCAAUAUGGUUCCAGCCACUCGCUGCCAGACGUACAAGACCACAUACGGGACCUUCCACGGACACAUGUCUACAAAUCGGAUGAUACGUACAUUAUAGACGAUUAUCAUUGCGCUGUGUCAGACAGCGAAGCCUACCAUCUGGGCCAGGAAGAAACUGACUGGUUUGAGAAGCCGCGCUCCAGUUCUCGACACUACGGCAGCAGCCACUCGUCUGGGAGAAGUCGACACGGUGUCAAACACACUUACCAUGAUUAUGAUGAGCCUCCUGAGGAGGACCUGUGGCCCCAGGAUGAAUAUGGCCAUGGAGGGAGACACUCUUCAUCCCGUGACAACCGGCACCACGGCAGCACUGGUCGCCACUCGUCCUCUUCACGUCAUGCAGAUGAGCCAAGGUCCUCGAGGUCUUCCAAGGGGCACCUCAAAGACCCGUCAAUGAGACACGACCCUUCAGCGCGAUCAUCCUCUACAGGAAGGCGUGGCGAGUCAAGGUCUGGAGGGUACCACCCUUCUGACUACUCACGGGAUCCGUCUGGGCACCACCACGGCCAGCGAUCCUCCAGACAGGGAGACCCGCACAGAUCCUCACGUAGCAAGUCCCAGCCGCCAGUGGACAUGCAGGGCCAACCACCAGGCUCUUCCAGGUCUGGCAGCAGCUCGACCCGGGCUCAGGGCCCCGCAGGCGGACCUACAGGAUCAGGGCGACAGGGCGGUCCCGGUUCCCAGACGGAUGGGGGACCAGGACAGAGGGCCCAGCUCCAACAACAAGCCCAGACAUCAGCGGCCAGGCCAGGGCAGCCCGGUUCCGCAGUAACCACCGGCCCUCAGCAGCAGACCCCAACCCAGGGUCAAGGCAUGGGCAUGGGCAUGGGUCAGGGGCAGGCCAAACCAGGGCAGAUGGGACCAGCAGGUGGACCCAUGGGGCAGGCCAGGCAGACAGGUCCGGCAGGAACCACGCCAGUCACCAUGGCCAAGAUUGACACUCCUCCAGCAACAGCUAUUGGCGCAAAGGCAGCGCCCGUCAUGGCUUCAAAAGCUGCCCAGCCCCCACUCACAGGCAUAGGCUCCAAGGCGGUUCCUAGGCCGGGGGGGAUUGGCAGUGCGGCAGCAGGUCAGCCUGGCAUGGAGGGAGACAGCAUGUUGUCCAAGAUCCUGCCUGGAGGAGCCGCUGAGCAGGCCGGCAAACUGGGAGACGCUAUCUCCGGUUUUGGCAAGAAGUUCACCUCUUUGUUCUGAGGUGCUACUAUCAAGGACUAUGUAAAUGUCAACUGAUGAAGUCACGAGGCCUCGUACCAGAAAAACCUGUGAAGUUCCCCCUGCUUUUGUUUUACUAAGAGAGAGAGAGAGAGGAAGGAGAGAGAGAGAGGGGGUGUUAAGGACCAGAGAGGAGAGCUGAGCAUACUGCCAACACGGACUGGGAUCCUCCGGACGCUCCAUGUCUCAGGCCUGAGUUCACACAGGACACAGAGAGAACGUGCCGCGCUCUCUGACAGGCCAGAAUAUCAUUCCAAGCCGACAUCAGUCUCCUGAAGGACGACCCUCGUUCAUCCCCUCCAACCCGUCCAUCCUGUAGCAGGUGGACACACCUCCGCCUCUUCCCUGGUGAAAAGAGAAAAUGGUGGCGAGGGGGCAUGGCGCCAGACGAGAAGAGGGGGACCUGCGCUGACAUCGGCGGAGACCGAGGGGGCCGCUGGGAGUCCGUGCACCGACUUCCACGUGGACGUAGCACUGCAGCUUCGACGGACGAGAGAUUUCGAGCGCCGCUCCGGUUCUGCCCCCGUACACGGCUCCACCAUCCAUUUCCGACAAAAGCUGCUCUUUCCCGCUGACAGUGAACAGGAAAUGGCAGCUUUUUCCACAGGCAUGGUGGCGUGCUGGGAUCCUUCUGUUUCACAGUCCCGUGCUCAAAACUAGGAACAACAGCCUCUCUCCUCUUUUUCUAUCUGCUCUCAAGGGUGGGGAAAAAAAAAAGAAAAAGAAAGAGUGGGAAUGGAAUUCUGAAAAAAAAAUAAUAAUAAUAAACCCCGCAGGUUUUUCUGGUACUGAAGACCCCUUGUUGCGUCACCCGUCGAGACGGACGCCGAGCGAAGAAAAGGUCCGACUGAAUGAAUAGGACGACACUGACGAUGUAGCCAACUCGGGGGGCGAGGGCGUCUUGCGCGCACUCCUUCUCCGCGGUUUGCUCUGUUUCUAUUUACAUUCCAGAUUUGGAACUGUUGGAACCUUUUCCUCUUCCUCACCAACCCCCCGCGUUCCUUGAAUGACGAUUCUUCUUUAUUUCUAAUCCCCCACCCCCCCACCCCCCAACAAUCUUCAACUCGCCAUGUCUUUAAAAGAAGUGUUUAGUGGAUUUAGAAGAAGAAGAAGAAGAAAAAAAAAUAGGAAUUUGGAAUGCAUGGAACUUUAUAUCCAAGACCUUACACUGUUCAUCGUUACUUAACCGAGGCCAUAACGACACUGGGGGGGGGAAAACCAAAAUCCGAGCUAGGCGACGUGAAUAAUGACGAAGCGGAGAGAUUAGGGAAGCAACACAGGAUCAUGGCCACAGGAAUAAGAAGAGCCUUUUGGUUUCGGGAUGCGUUUUUUGUUGUUGUUGCUGUUGUUGUUGCUGUUGUUUUUUGGGGGGGGGCAACGCUCUUGGAGUAAAGCCGCGUACAGUAUGUGGCCGGGCUUGUUUCUUUUCUUCAGCCAUUACAAAGCCAUUCAAACAACAUUUACCUGCAGCGCGCUCGUGGCGUUCUCUACAACCGCUCCACGACACCUGGCCAUGUUCCCCCGUUGGCCGUUUUCUCUUGAUUCAUCUUAUUCUAGUUAUUUUUUGUUAUUUGCCUCAUGUUUGUGUUGCAGGUUACCAAUAUCGCCUUAAUCAUUUCUAAAGUUUUAUUUUGAAGCAAAGGUAUUUUUUAUGACAUUCCUGUAAACACAUAUUUGCAUCGUACUCUUUUUUUGUUUUGUCUUUGGAACGUGGUAAUAUCAACUGGAACACUGGCCACAGUGAGAUUAAUUCAUCCUUUUUGGAAUUUAUCUUUGUUUUUGAUAAUUGUUUGUGGUAUUAUUUAUUUAUUUAUUUUAAAUUUGAUUCACGUUUUGUAAUGUUUGUUCACCUUCAUCAAACCCCCCCCCCCC